AUGGACACCGGGCGCAAGCGGACCGCGCCGGAGGCGGGCGCCAACGGCGCGGGCGGCCCCAAGCGCGCGAGAGAAUCGGAGACAACUCAAAUGGGUGUAGGAAGCAAAUCCAAGCCGUGCACCAAAUUUUUCAGCACGGCCGGUUGUCCCUUUGGUGCAAGUUGCCAUUUUCUCCAUAACUUCCCCGGUGGCUACCAGGCGGUUUCAAAGAUGACCAACUUGGGUGGACCACCUGUUCCAGCUCCACCAGGAAGAAUGCCUAUGGGACCUGGGGGUCCUGAUGGGCCACCUUCACCUGCAGUGAAGACUCGCAUGUGUAACAAGUACAACACUGCAGAAGGAUGUAAAUGGGGGAGCAAAUGCCACUUUGCUCAUGGAGAGAGGGAGCUUGGAAAGCCCCUGCAGAUGGACAACUCGAUGGGAGCUCCUCCUCCAAUGGGGCCAGGGCCCAACGGUCACUUCAUGCCACCGCCAAUGCCUCACCUAGACAUGGUUCCUCCCUCCACAUUCGGUGCUUCGGCCACAGCCAAGAUCAGUGUUGAUGCAUCCCUUGCUGGCGCCAUCAUUGGGAAGGGUGGUACCAACACAAAGCAUAUAUCCCGAGUGACUGGGGCCAAGUUAGCCAUCCGUGACAAUGAGGCUGAUCCCAACCAUAAAAACAUUGAGCUUGAGGGAACAUUUGACCAGAUCAAGCACGCUAGCGCAAUGGUCACAGAGUUGAUUGUCCGCAUCAGUGGUAAGGUGCCUGGCCCACAAGCCAAGAAUAACCCAGGUGGCAGGGGGCCUGGCUCUCAUGCUGGGGGUCCUGGAAGCAACUUCAAGACCAAGUUGUGUGAGAACUUCAACAAAGGCUCCUGCACCUUUGGAGACAGGUGCCACUUUGCCCAUGGCGAAAGUGAGCUGCGCAAACCUGCUGCUGCUUGA